CGAUUAGUUGGUGAGAUGUGUCUUGUACAGAAUCACAGAAGACAGAGAGGGAGAGAGAGAGAGAGAGAGAGAGAAGAUUCGUCGUAUAAGGUCUUAAAAUAAUCAAUCAUAUCAUAAAGCCCUCUCCCUUUUCGAGGAUCUGAAAAAGAAAGAUGCAACUGAUCAAUGCGGUGGCGGCGGCGAGGAUGCUGUCCGGAUUGGGACAAUCCAACGGAGGAGGCGAGGCGAUUCCGUUUGGAUCGCCGUGGUGGUUCAUCUACGCAGGCGUCUCUUGUAUCCUCGUUCUGUUCGCGGGAAUCAUGUCUGGUCUGACUUUGGGGCUCAUGUCUCUGGGUCUCGUGGAGCUCGAGAUUCUCCAGCGCAGUGGCACUCCCAACGAGAAGAAGCAAGCCUCUGCGAUAUUCCCGGUUGUUCAGAAACAGCAUCAGCUGUUAGUGACACUGCUUCUGUGCAAUGCUGUUGCAAUGGAGGGGCUUCCUAUAUAUUUGGAUAAGCUAUUCAAUGAAUACGUUGCCAUUAUUCUUUCUGUCACUUUUGUUCUUGCUUUCGGUGAGGUAAUACCUCAAGCGAUAUGCACCAGGUAUGGACUCGCCGUUGGUGCUAAUUUCGUCUGGCUUGUCCGUAUUUUAAUGAUUCUCUGCUACCCUAUUGCCUUUCCCAUCGGCAAGAUAUUGGAUUUGGUACUGGGGCACAAUGACGCUUUGUUUAGACGUGCUCAGUUGAAAGCUCUUGUCUCCAUUCACAGCCAAGAGGCUGGCAAGGGAGGCGAACUUACGCAUGAUGAGACAACAAUCAUUAGUGGAGCUCUUGAUUUGACCGAGAAGACUGCACAAGAAGCCAUGACGCCAAUCGAAUCGACCUUCUCCUUGGAUGUAAAUUCAAAGUUGGACUGGGAAGCUAUGGGUAAGAUUCUGGCACGAGGCCAUAGCCGAGUCCCUGUCUACUCUGGGAAUCCCAAAAACGUUAUUGGACUUCUCUUGGUAAAGAGUCUACUUACUGUUCGACCUGAAACAGAAACACUUGUCAGCGCUGUUUGUAUACGUAGAAUGCCAAGGGUUCCAGCUGAUAUGCCUCUGUAUGAUAUACUAAAUGAGUUUCAAAAAGGAAGCAGUCACAUGGCUGCGGUUGUGAAGGUUAAGGGCAAAAACAAAGUUCCUCCUUCAACUUUGCUCGAAGAAAACACUGAAGAAAGCAAUGACUCUGAUUUGGCUGCACCUCUGUUAUUGAAACGAGAAGGGAACCACGACAACGUCAUUGUCCAAAUCGACAAGGCUAAUAGGCAGUCGUUUUAUCAAAACAACGAGACUGUACCACACGGGUUCACACAUACUUCAGAGGAUAUCGAGGACGGUGAAGUUAUCGGUAUCAUCACUUUGGAAGAUGUGUUUGAAGAGCUUUUGCAGGAAGAGAUUGUGGAUGAAACUGAUGAAUAUGUUGACGUUCAUAAAAGGAUUCGAGUAGCAGCAGCAGCAGCCGCCUCAUCAAUAGCUCGAGCUCCUUCAAGCAGGAGAUUGAUUGCACAAAAGGGAGCUGGUGGUGGACAAAAUAGGCAAGCGCAGACGGUAAAAGGUUCUAUUACAGAGCCUGUUGAGGGGAAGCAACCGAUAUAAUGGAUGUUGUGUCGUUGCUUGAAGGGCUAAAACUCUUGUUUGCGUUAUAAGAAAGGAACAUAGAAUAAAGUAAAGAUCCAAGUCUUGACCACGUUCUCUUCAAUUGGAAAAUUCAUCAUAUAAGAGAUGGUUUGUCCCAGUUUUUGGUCUGCAAAUGCGUACAAUUUGUAAUAUACUCCCGUACUUAUUCUUUACGUGUCAUGAAGUUGUCACAGUUUGCUAUAUGGUCUUUAUGUGCGCUGUUUUGGUAUGUGUUUAAUUAAGAAAAAUUUCUACCAA